UCAUCAACACUGCUAUCUAUUCUUCACCGGACCUUAAGACUGCUUGUUUAGAAGAAUUCCAGAUCUAUUUCGUUCUCUGAGUCUCAGUCAGAGGAUACGGAGCUGUUGUCCUCUACUAUAUGGUAAUUAAUCUUCUUCGUCCUCUGAUUCUUUGCAAUUUCUUCGAAAGAACCCGCAGUAGAAGUGGAGAUAUACAUGAAGUUUGGUGUAGCUUUCGCUAUGUGAAUUCCUACUUCUUUCAGACCUUGGAUCCUCUUCAUAUCCUCAUCGAUAAAUCUUUUUAAAUUCUUGGCAACUAUUUUGGGACGAUUCUUGUUCACCAAAAGAGGCUUUGGUGCAUCUUUCUUCUCGCUUUGGGCUUCCUUCUUGUUUCUUAAAGCUCUGAUUUCCAUUUGUUAUUGAGGUUAAU